UUUUCCGGCAGCUUGUUUAGCGACCCGAUAAGUCCACACAUAACUCAACGACAACACACAUCUUAUCAAUGGUCCAGGGCAAGACCAAAGGGCUUCAGAGUAAGCCUUCAUCUUCUAGGCAAGCUGCCAAGGCCGCUGCGAACCCGAAAAAAGGGAAACGGUAUGUUCCACCCAAAAAGACCGCUCUGGUCAAGCAGGCCUCCAUGAGGCAGUCGCUAACGGCCAAGAUAAACAAGUCUAUUGAACAACAAAUGGUGUCUGCUGCAUCGGCGGGCAAACUCACGAUCAUGAAAAACACAGCUGAUUCGUAUGCCAGUCAAUCAUAAUCACGACACGCAUAAUAUGAAUUUGCUUGUUUUUUUCUUGCAGCGAACCCCCAAAGGUGACUACAGGCAGCAAAACCUCAAAGUCUUGACGAUCCAUCCAUACGUUGUUGCUGAUGUGAUUUUGCGGCUUCGAGCCUCGAGCAUUCCCCAGGGAAAAUAUGUCUCUGCGUGAGAAGUUGAUGGACCACAGUAUAUUAUAAAUGACUAUAGCAUGCUUGAACGAUUGCAAAGUAUAACGAUCAAGCAAUAGUACACAGACAACUUAAUGUCUCUGCAUUGCAAGUGAGCUAGGAAAA